AUGGAUGGGUGCAGAUGGUGCUGCCGUGCCAUCAUCAAGCAGCAACCGGUCGCUCUACCGCUGAUGACAUUGUGGGAGGCAGCUUCCGAUGCAGAAUGGCGUCGUGGCAACGUGGCCAUGAACGUGGUGCAUGCCAUGACGGGAGCCAUGAUGCAGCUGCCGCACGUGAAAUGGUCGUACAUGACGUUUAGGUGCACAGCGCCCAACACCCGAGUGGCUGCCGGUGUGCAAGUGGACCGUCCGCCGGGGUGCGCCUCUGCAGUGUCGGUGCCAGAUGGGAUCCUGUGGUCCGACCAGCCGAACUCGUCACUGCCUGCCAGCAUGACGGACGUGGAGCUGGAUGCUGCCAAAACACGGGUGAUGGUCACACCGGUGCUGGGCCGAGUGCCAGUUAAGCAGGGCGACCUGGCAGCUGUGCAAGUCUGGCUGCACGACAUCACGGGGCCCACUCCGGUGGUGGUGUGCAGCACCGCCCCUCAGCUCAAGCGGGCUGCGGAGGUGGUGAUGGGCGAGGUGCAAGCGGGGGUGCCCAAACACCCGCUUGAGCUGAGGGGCGGUGCUGCACACCACCACCAGAGUGGGCCCCGUGAUGUCGUGCAGCCGGACUUGCACAGCUGCCAGGUCGCCCUGCUUAACUGGCACUCGGCCCAGCACCGGUGUGACCAUCACCCGUGUUUUGGCAGCAUCCAGCUCCACCUGCAGCACGUCCAGCAGCCGGUGGUGGACGACCCCGCCACUGUGGAUCUGGUUUGGUGCAAGGUCGCUGCGCUGGAUGUCGGCCAGCUGUGGAGCAAGCUGUCUCAGCAUAAAGCAGCAGGCAGUGCUAUGCACAAGGUGGACAUGGUGGGCCAUGCGUACAUUGCUACUGACAGCAGCAACAUGGCCGGAUGCCUUGUGCAGGCUGUGCACCCCAUCUUUGCGUGCUGGGUGACCAGGUAUGCGCCAAUGUGCCAGCAUGAUGCAGAGUGCCUCCAACCAGGCGUAUGCUUUUCGGCAGCCACCCAGCUGGCCGAAGCCAUCUACACCAUGGCUACUAAGCACUUUCCGUGCAUGGCGGCGCUCAGGCAAGUUAAUGCGCAAUGCAGGGUGCACCGCAGGCAGGGCUGGUGGGCUGAGAUGGCAUGUUGCCAUGGUGUGAAGCUGCUGCAUGCGCCUUUUUUGGCACAUGGUUGCAGGGAGAAGCUGGUGACCUCAGACACGGCGCGCUAUCUGCUGGGUGGCACACCUUUCAACCUGGUGGCGCGUACAAGCAAUGAAGGGGUGCAGCUGCACUUGGUCACCCUGGUCAUGCUGGCAGCUGGCGCUUUGGAGCACAGCACCAUCGUGCCAGUGGUCCCGCCCGGCAGUGAGGCAGUGCAGAUGGGCUUGUCCGUGUUUGUGCGGCCCUGGGACGUGCAGCAGCUGCUGGCGUGUGCAAUAAACGCUGGCGUGUCCCAGGAGCUGCAAGCCAUGCAGGUGCAGGUGCAGGAGUGGCUGAUGCAGGCAAAGACCGCUUGCAGCUGCGUGGUGGUAUGUGAGGCAGCCAAGGCAGAGCGUGCAGCUGUGGAUGCACUGCCGGGUGGAGCUGCUGUAGACAGGUUGUUUGUGGGUUGGCAGGCACCUAGUGUGGUGGUCGGGCUGCAGGCGACUGGCAGCUCGGAGAUCAACGCAGACUUCUGGGAUGGCGAGGACAAGUCUGCCACCGCAGAGGAGGUAAUGUUGCACCUCAGCGCCAUUGGCCAGGCGGUUCAGGCAGACAUGGUGGUGGAGGUGCAGCUGCUUCCCCACCAGGGCAGCAUCUUCUCCGCCCUGAUGGAGGAGGGCUAUCUACCGCAUCAAUGA